AAUGCUGAGGCCUCGCUGUGCUAGGAUUAGGCCCCUGGGGCGGCUUUUGUGGAAGGAUGGAUCAUAGCCCUGCUCCCUCUUGUGUCACUGUCCUCCGCGGCCGUCAUUAGCGGCUAAUGAGCUGCAGUUAGAGAGGAAGCAGAGAGAGUUUCUCCGCAGAGAGAGGGAGGACCCCCACAGCUGUUAUUAAGAGGCCCAGGGACUCCAGGCAAGAAACGGUGUGCUUCAGCUGGGGAAUGGAAACCUUUCGAAGCUCUUAUAGCUACAGACGUGGAGGGAUAUCAACCUUGGAAGGGUUUUGUUUGGUUUUGGCAUUUCCAUUCACAUGCUGAACGCCAAUUUUCUUUUUUUUUUUAAUGGGAUGAGUUUUAAGCAGGAAAUCUUUGUUCUCUUUUGAGGAAAUAACAAAUAUGUGUUUUCUUCCACUGUUUGGGUCUCUGGGAAAUACAACUGUUGUUCAAGAAGACGACUCACGCUGUGGAUAUACUUUUUUUUUUCUUAAGCGAGGAACUGUGAAGACGACUACACACGCUUGUCCAAAUAUUUAAAAAAAAAGAAGAAAAGGAAUUGAUAAAUUUGAUUUUUUUUUUUGUUUGUUGCUUGUUCUAUACCCUAGUUGACUGCCUAGCAUCAGACGUCCGUUGCCAUGGCAGCAGCCUAUCGCGUGGUGGUGAGCAGCAUAAGCUGUUACAACAGUGUUGUGGUGGACCGCCGUGCACACACGCAUGCCGUGCACUAUUGUUCAGGGCCGUGCGGGGCACUCUCCCAGGGGCUGGACUGCAGUGUGGCACACCGUGGCACCUGCUCCGAGCUGCUUGUCACCCCUGAUCUCAUGAGGGUUGACCUCAACCACGCGCACACACACUCGCGUAGCAUCAUCACCGCGGCUUCUCAUCAGAUCCCGCACCACGGAAAAACCAGUGUUGUCAUGGACAAUGGGUUUAACGCGGGUGUCGCUCUAGAGCGCUCGGGCAGCACCAGUAAUGUGUCUGUGGGGGAGGACAGCCCCCCGUGGAGGGGGAAGAAGACCCCCAGCGGAGGAGCGUCCCCUGGCAACCUCAACUUUUCUAGCAGUCUGAAAGACAUCACCGGUGAAGCCAUUAACCUGGCCAGUGGCAAGAUAAAAGAGUUCUCCUUUGAUAAGCUCCGCCUGUCCUCCUCCAGCCAUGUCACCUUCCGGAAGGGCCGGAAGGUCCGUCCUGACUCUUUCAGCCGUCGUUCGACAGACCUGGACAUCAUUUACGGUCACUUCAGCUCCAGUAUCGCCGCAAACAGCAUUGCUAAUUGCACAUCUAACAGUGUGGCCAAUGGCACUUCUAACGUCACGGGUAACGGCACGGCCACCUCCAAUGAUGAAAACCUACCUCCGUUUUCCCUGAGUAAAGUGAUGGGAUUGGAGGAGACCAAGCUGAGAGGCAGCACAGGCAGCCUAUCUACCAUUUCCAAAGUGGGGGGCGGGUCUACUGGCAGCCUAUCCAGCAUUUGCAGUGGGUCGUUGGACCAGGGUCUGAACACAGUGGCCUCUCGAUACCUCAGCACACUGGGGGAGGAGAACCUGAUCGCCCGUCUGCUGGAAAAGACACGGGCUGAGGGGGGCACUGGGGUUGCAGGGGGGGAGGACAUCCGGGCCUGCUUAGACAUCCUGCUGAAAUGCUCAGAGGACCUGAAGAAGUGCACAGACAUCAUAAAGCAGUGUAUCAGGCACAAGGGCCCAGGGAGCGGUAGUGGGGGGUCAGAUGAUGAGGGGGCAAGUCCUGAGAGUGUAUACCGCACUGUGAUGACCAGACUCAGCUCCUACCUGAAGAGACUGCCCCUUGAGCUGGAGGGAGCUGGGGGGCUUGGAGGGAGUGGGCAAGGAGGCCAGGGCACACCUGGAAAUGGCCACAGUGAGUUGGCAGAGCUGGUCAGCAGCCUCCACUCCAUCCAGCAGGGGCCCUUCUCACCAAUCUUCGGUAAUGAGCAACCCCCCCGCUACGAAGAUGUGGUGCAUUCGCCACCAAUCCCUAAAAUUGUUCCAACUCCAACUCACUCCUCUUCAUCUUCCAACUCCUCUUCUUCUCUGAAAGAAUUUGGCCACACUAAACCGGUCCAGGUUUCCAAAAUGGCUCCGCUUACUAAUGGACUACAGCAUACACACACUCCUUCCAGCAAACAACACACACUUUCUCCCCCAUUGCUCGCACACUGUCUGCCUGCCUCCUCCAAGUCCCCAACGCAAUCUCCACUUCGAACCUCUCCAACCCCACCGUACACUCAGACUCCUCCACUGUCCCCCAUGGAGGCUCUCUACAUUGAGGAGGAAGCAGAUUUGGGCAAGAGUCAAGAAAACUCCCCACAACAGACACACACCUUGACCAGAGAUGUAACGGACAGAUAUACCACCUCGCAGAACAGAAAUGGAACAGCAUUUGGUCAAAAUACACAUUUAUUUGAACCACAUGCACUCCAGAUUCCAUCAAAUACUCCACCAUCCAAAACGAGCCACAGCCCUACCUGGCCUGCCCAAGUGACUGCUUCAGCUCCUAAAACUGUCCCACACAGGAAUGACGACAUCGACAAGCUGCUGAUGGAUUUAGAAAAUCUGUCUCAGAGUAUGAGCCACCCCAGGGACACUGAGCCUCCGCUCCCUGCCAAGACCAGGAGGAGAGAAGCAGGUCUUGGGAUCAACUCCAGCCAGGCCCCGUCCCAGCCUUCUUCCCAUAUCCAGUCCCAGGUCCAGAAACCAGCCAGCCACCUCACUGCCAACAGUCCUACCACCAGGACCUCCCAGGGCUUUGUGUCUGGGCCUCCCCAGUCUGAGAACUCCGAAGAUACCGUAGAAGAGGCGGAUGACGGUGCACUGCUGCUUAGGAUCCUUGAAAGCAUUGAGAGCUUUGCCCAGGAGCUGGUGGAGUCUGGAGCAGGGAGUACAGGGAGCUCUGAGAGGAGCAGCGGGAAGGAGAAGGAGGUGAUGAGACUCCUGCAAGAUACACUGGCCACUGCUGGCAGAGUAGAGUCCCCUCCACGGAGCAUAGAUAUGCUACCGCAUCCCCCCGAAUCACGCGAACACACCUCUGCAGCUCCGCCUGUGCCUCCCCCUGUGCCUACUCCUAUUCCCCCUCAAUCUGAAGCUGUGUCUGUGGUAAUACCUGGACCUCCACCUCAACCUACACCUACUGUUGCCCCUCCUGCUCUACUUACUCCUACUGUUAUAGCUGAGAGUAAAACAAACGCUACCCCUGAAGUUAUAGAGGCCUCUAAAGCUGAAACAGCCUCAACAUCUGGUCACAGCCCUGACCUUGGUCCAUCAGCCUCUUCCAGCCUAGCUGCCUCCCCAUUUCCAGCUGUUCCUACACCCGUGGCUACACCUGAAUUACCUGUCCCUGUUGUCAGCCCCACUGCCAGAGAUGCUGCUGAUGUCGUCAGUGACCAUGUUAACGUGAGAGAAAAUGGUUCAACUCUCCUCAUCCAGCAGACUCCCGAGGUGAUCAGGGUCCAAUCCAAACCAGAGAAGAAACCAGGCACGCCUCCGCCGGCCCCAGCCCCUGCCCUACUCCAAGUUGUCCCUGCACCUCGCUCUCCCAGCCCGCCUCCGGUCCCGGUCAUAGUCACACCUCCUCCCCCAGCUGUAAACAUUCCCAGGUUCUACUACCCCCGCGGCCUACCAGCCCUGGGCCCGGCAUCUAACCACGAUGCAGCCAUCGCCGCCAUCGAGACAGCUUAUGCUGAGUUCGAGGAGGAGAAGGCCGACAUCUAUGAAAUGGGCAAGAUUGCCAAGGCGUGCGGGUAUCCACUUUACUGGAAGGCCCCCAUGUUCAACGCAGCAGGCGGAGAGAGGACAGGUUUCGUCUCUGUUCACUCUUUUGUUGCAACUUGGAGAAAGUUAUUGCACAGUUGCCAUGACGAUGCAUCUAAGUUUAUUUACCUGCUAGCCAAGCCUGGUGGUAAUUACCUGGAGCAGGAGGAUUUUAUUCCUCUUCUGCAGGACAUCGUGGAUACCCACCCGGGGCUGACAUUUUUGAAAGAUGCCCCUGAAUUCCACUCCCGCUACAUCACCACGGUGAUCCAGCGGAUAUUCUACGUGGUGAACCGCUCGUGGACGGGCCGCAUCACUAUGAUGGAGCUGCGAAGGAGCAACUUCCUGCAGACCCUGGCCCUGCUAGAAGAGGAGGAUGACAUCAACCAGAUCACUGACUACUUCUCCUACGAACACUUCUACGUCAUCUACUGCAAGUUUUGGGAGUUGGACACUGAUCACGACCUCUACAUCGACCCCAAAGACCUAGCGAGAUUCAACGACCAUGCUUCUUCCAACAGAAUCAUUGAGAGAAUGUUCUCAGGGGCGGUCACUCGGGGCAACUGUGUGCAGAGAGAAGGCAGGAUGAGCUACGCUGAGUUUGUCUGGUUCAUCAUCUCUGAGGAGGACAAGAAAAACCCCACCAGUAUAGAGUAUUGGUUCCGGUGCAUGGACGUGGAUGGGGAUGGGGUCUUGUCGAUGUUUGAGUUGGAGUAUUUCUAUGAGGAGCAGUGUGAGAGGAUGGAAGGAAUGGGCAUCGAACCCCUGCCCUUCCAGGACCUGCUCUGCCAGAUGCUCGACUUGGUUAAACCAGAGAGCCAAGGUAAGAUAACCCUGGGUGAUCUGAAGCGCUGUCGAAUGGCUCACAUAUUCUUCGACACCUUCUUCAACCUGGAGAAAUACCUGGACCACGAGCAGCGAGACCCCUUUGCUGUGCAAAAGGACAUUGACAGUGAUGGCCCUGAGCCAUCAGACUGGGAUAAAUAUGCUUCAGAGGAGUAUGAGAUCCUGGUGGCAGAGGAGACCGCUAAUGAACAGCUACAUGAGGGGUCAUUUGAGGAUGACUACGAGGCUGACGAGCUGCAAGUUCCUGGCGAGAUCGGGAAUAAGAUGGAGAAAUUGGUCAUAUCUGACCUGUCGGCAUAAAAAUUCUCAUUCUUGGGGCCCCCGUGCCCACCCCCUCCCCCAGACACGCAAGGUGGAAAAACAGGGGGACAAAUGGGGUCGGAAGAAAUGAAUGGAGUUAAGAGUGCCAAUAGAUAAAAGAGAAGGCCGGGUGAAGGAAGCCCGGCUGUUGUCUCGCGACGAAUCUCGAGUCUGAGACCCGAGGGUCGUCUCAGAGCAGACGGCGUAGUGAAUUUGUGUGCAUGUGUUUGUAACUGUAAACCAAGACUGCAACCGGUGCAAUAACACAUUUGUAUUUUUACAGAAAAGGGUGUUUGGCCACCUCUAAGCUCUUCAGCCCACCUGAAAGCACAAAGGCAUCAAAAGAGAAGAGGGGUAUGAUAAGCUCUAAAUGGAUCAUGAACUCUAAAAAAAAAAAAAAAGUAUUAACUGUUAAGACCUGAAGCUGCCAUUGUUAGCGACAAUCCUGCCAGAAGACAAUCAAUGGUCCUUUGUUUUUACAAGUAUUACUGUGCUAAUCACAAGAUCAGUAGACAGGUAGCCUGCAGGUUAAACUGAC